CAGCAGGGUUUCUGCAUCCACGAAGCAAUGGGAAAGGGAACAGGGAGUUUCGGUAAGAGGAGGAACAAGACUCACACUCUCUGCGUGAGGUGUGGUCGCCGGAGCUUCCAUCUGCAGAAGAGCCGAUGCUCCGCUUGUGCUUACCCUGUUGCUCGCACUAGAAAGUACAAUUGGAGUGCAAAGGCGAUCCGUAGAAAGACCACCGGAACUGGCCGCAUGAGGUAUCUCCGUAACGUUCCCCGCCGUUUCAAGAGCAACUUCAGAGAAGGUACUCAAGCAGCUCCUAGGAACAAGGCUGCAACAUUGUCCUCUUGAGUGUAAAAGUCUUUUGAGAUGGAAUUUUGUGAGGGUUGGUUAUAUUGUAUCAUUUGGUUUUGUUAUUUUGAAGUAUUA